AUGGCUGCCAGGCGCCGGUGGUCCCACAGGUCUGUGAUUCUCGCUGCAUGCGGCUCCCUGCUGCUGCUACUCAGGUGGCCUUCCGACUUCGCCGUGGCCCAGAGAAGUCAGCUGGACACACCGCUUCUAGGUGUCCGGGGCCUCCUCUCGGCGGAGGCCAUUGAGGCCCACUUCUCGGCCGAGAGUGCCGACAACACUUACCGCUUCGAGGCCUUGGCCGAAUGGCGAGACGAGGACGGCACUUCCGCUCGGAACCCUCGGCUCGGGAAAGGAACGCCUUGGACGGCCGGCGUCUCCCUGCCCGAGGUAUCCAGCUUUCUCCUUUCCGAGACCGAGCGAGGACAUCUACAACAAGUUGAGCCCGACGGCCGCUUCGGGGGCGCUGACGUAGCGGCGCGACUCGGUGACCUGGCGACGGCCGCAGGUGUACAAGCCAUUCCACUCCUGGGAGAUCUUUCCUGGGCGGGCUCCAGCAUCGCGAAGUUCUCUUUCGAGCCCAAAGCCUUGGCUGAGAAAGGCUGGCCGGAGCUGACUGGCUGCCCGCAGGUUUGGCAGACAAACGCAUCGAACUCCGUUUUUGCCAACUACAUCAUCACGGUGGGUCGGGGCACUCGCGCUACGAUCUCUGGAGACGACCACGAGUUCCACAGCAUUCACCGAGACUGGGAGAACGGACUGCUGGACUCCAUGCUUCUCGGGGCGGUGGGCCGAAAGGAGGUGAUCCUACUUGCUCCAGAUGAACUACGCACAGAGCCCCGGAUGCCAUGGAAGGCAAGCCCCAACUGCGAGAGAGCCUCCGAGCUGCGAGGACGCGAAGGCGAGGCUUUCUGGUCGGCCCUGGCCGACCUCGCUCUGCAACCGGACGUGCGCGGCGGCCGCGUCGAGCUCCGCCCAGGAGAUGCCCUCUUCAUCCCGCACGGCUGGUGGCACGCAGUGAGACCCCUGGAGCCCUUCACCGUCAUCACAGGCCUGGCAAAGCGGCCCGACGCUUGA